AUGACCACUCCGCUUGCUCUCGUCGUCGGUGCUUCACGUGGUCUCGGUCGCCAGAUCGCCUUGUCCUUUGCAGAAGCAGGCUAUAACGUCUGCAUCUCCUCAAAAUCCCUCGGCCACCAAGCCUCAAUAGGACCCGUAGACCCAAACUCGCAAGACUCCACGCUCGAUACAGUCUUGGCUGAGCUACAAGCUCUUCCUGCCACGCGAGACAAGGGACUGCUACACUCUGCUGUUGCGUGUAAUGUGCGUGAAGAGGCAGACGUCAGAGCCCUCGUCCAACAAGUGAUUACAAGGUAUGGCUCUAUUCAAGCGUGUGUCUACAACCCAGGCGCAAUUUGGUGGUCAUCUAUCAUAAAGACACCCACGAAACGCUUUCAGCUCAUGCACGAAGUCAAUACCCGUGGCUUCUACAUCCUCCUACAAGAACUCUUGCCAUACUGGGAGAGGCAAGGCGGUCAGUAUCCACGUCGCUUGAUUGUCAUUAGUCCACCCAUCUACUCUCGUUUCAUCAGGGGUAAAACCGCGUAUGCAGCCACCAAGCUCUCUUCUACCAUCCUCGCACUCGGCCUACAUUUUGACGUACUACGAGACAAAGCACUUCAUGAUCCUGCUUUCGAGAUGAAUAGUGUCGGCGUGACCACACUGUGGCCGGCGACGGCAAUUGAAUCAGCAGCCACAGCGGCAGUCAAUGCAGAUCAGCGAGAUUUGCGACAUCCUCGCAUCUUUGGUGAUGCGUGCGUCGCCAUUGUCAAGGCACCUUGGUUGACCAUUGCCGGUAAGACCCUCUUGGAUGAAGAUUUCCUUCGUCAACACGGCGGCUUGACGGAUGUACAGAUUGCAGCGUAUGCAAAAGUCCCAGGGACAACACCAAGACGAAUCAUGCCUGCUGUGUUACCUGAUUUACGGGUCGCUGAACAAGAUGAUGAAGGAGAUCGUCGAGAUUCUGCCGUUGCGAAAGCGAGCGGAACGGCCAAGAUUUAG